UCAAUGUAGAGUUUUGCACAGGGCAUAUUCACAAUUUUAAAUCACAUUCACUGUACCUAGAAAUGGAAUUGGGAGUUUGGACAAUUAGAUUCUAACAAAACCACUUUUCCUUGUGCUCUAGAUCUAAAAGUCCCCCAACUAACCUUUGUAACAAGAAGUCAUACCAUCUAAACAUUGGAAUGGAUGCCGAUAAAAGUCUGCCAAUUGUGAGGUCAGUGUAAUUUGUUUAAAAAAGGAGGACCAAGGCCCAAGAUUUUCCAAUACCAGAAAGGCAAGAAUGGAAAACAACACAGGAAUUGGGUUGAACAGGAUAUCUCUGUUCUCAAAGUUCUUAUUGCUUGCUAGCCUGAAUUGGUUUCUCUUUCGUUGGGCUGAAGCUGAUGUACAUUAUUACGACUUUGUUCUGCGUGAGAAAAAUUUUACAAGACUAUGUAGCACAAAAAGCAUGUUGGUUGUAAAUGAAAGCUUUCCAGGACCUGUGAUUCGUGUUCACAAAGGGGAUACUGUACUUGUCAAUGUUCACAAUCAAGGAUAUUAUGGUGUCACGAUUCAUUGGCAUGGAGUAAAACAACCAAGAAAUCCAUGGUCUGAUGGUCCGGAGUACAUCACACAAUGUCCUAUAGAACCAGGUUCAAACUUUACAUAUGAAGUCAAUUUUUCUAACGAAGAAGGAACCCUCUGGUGGCAUGCUCAUAGUGACUGGACACGAUCAGGUGUCCAUGGUGCCAUAGUUAUUUAUCCUAGGGAAGGAACAACUACUCCAUAUCCGAUGCCUGAUGAUGAAGAAAUUAUCAUACUAGGAUCGUGGUAUACUGAAGAUGUUAAUAAGUUGGUAGCUGAGGACCUCAGAACUGGUGCAGACACACCCCGUUCAAAUUGUUAUGUGAUUAAUGGGCAACCGGGAGAUUUGUUACCAUGCUCUCGAGAAUCAACUUACCGUUGGGUGGUAGAUUAUGGCAAGACAUAUCUUAUACGGAUAGUCAAUGCUGCCAUGAAUGCUGAGCUCUACUUUGCAAUUGCUAAUCAUAGCCUCACCGUAGUUGGAAUGGAUGGGAACUAUGUGAAACCCAUAAUCGCAGAUUACAUAAUGGUAAGCCCGGGACAAACAAUGAAUGUCUUAUUGACAGCAAACCAAUCUUUGAGCCACUACUACAUUGAAACUAGACAAUAUGACACUGCUAGGCCAGAUGUAACAGAUUAUGAUCAGACAAAUGCUACGGCCAUUCUUAUGUAUAGUGGCAACUAUACUGCCCCAGAUUCUCCAUUCAUCCCUUAUCUCCUUCCUUCCUACGAGGACUCUCUUAGUGCAAAUAGAUUUUUGGACCGCCUACGGAGCUUAGCAAGCAAAGAACACCCGGUAGAUGUCCCGCUAAAUGUAACUGUGAAAAUGUACAUCACAGUUUCUAUGAACCAGCUUCUCUGUCCAAAUGCAUCGUGUGAUGGGAUCGAUGGAAAUAGGCUUGUAUCAAGCUUAAACAACAUUAGUUUUGAGAACCCAAGUACUGAUAUUUUGCUUGCCUAUUAUAGGAAUUUGAGUGGCAUUUAUACCACAGAUUUUCCAAACUGGCCGCCAUCUAUGUUUAACUUCACUCAGGCGGAUUUGCCAAUGAAUACUACGAUACCAAUUCAGGGGACCAAGGCUAAGGUACUAAACUAUAAUGAAGAGGUGGAGAUAACAUUUCAAGGAACUGAGGUAUUGAAUGCAUCAGAGAAUCAUCCACUGCACAUGCAUGGGUACAGCUUUUAUGUAGUUGGAUCAGGUUAUGGAAAUUUCAAUAAUGAGACUGACCCCAAAACCUAUAACCUGGUUGAUCCACUUGAAGUGAAUACCGUAGGAGUGCCAAAAAAUGGAUGGGCUACCAUCAGAUUCAAAGCAAGUAAUCCUGGUGUAUGGUUUUGGCACUGCCAUUUUGAUCGACAUCUUAGCUGGGGCAUGAAUACUGUAAUGAUAGUGAAGAACGGUGGCACACCCGAGACAAGUAUACGCCCUCCUCCAACUAAUAUGCCUUCUUGUACGCUACCCUACAUCACUUGGGUUGAGGACUUUGACGAUUCUCUGGGAGAUGUUAAUUGAAGGUGUAUGGAUUAAAAUAGGGUGAUGAAUAAUGAUAAUUAUUAGGUUUAUUAGGAAUUUAAUGAAGAAUCGUUGAGUUGUGAAAACUCACAUUAUCUAUAUAUAUAAUAAUAGGUGAAACUGAAAGAAACUUAAAUUAGAAUUUCAAAUUAGAGUUCCAAUUU